AAAAAGAGGCCUAGAAAGAGGGGCUUGACUUCCCCAGCAAUGGGUUUGCCGUCAACAUUUUGAGCGAGAGUGAAAGAGUAAGAGAGAGAAAGUCUAGAGAGAGAAAAGAGAGACUUCUUCAGUGCUUCCUUCUGUACGACAGAGUAUAUAAACUCGCGUUCCUUCCUGGAAACGCCUUAGAAUCGCUGGUGUUCUCUUUCUUUUCUCUCCGUGUUUGUGCUUUAAAUCCGGCUUCGACCAUUUCGUUCUUGUUCAACGAAGCAUCGCCAGAGAGUUCUUCGGUUCUCAAUCUUGUUCAAUCUUUCUCUGUUCCUCUUCUGGUGUUUCAAAGUCUCUGCUCCUCUUUGAUCGGUGCUUAAUUACUUGUUUUCUCGGUCAGAUCUUUGAAAUCCAGAAGAAAUGAAGAAAUUGGUGUUGAAGCUAGAUUUACAUGACGACAAAGCGAAGCAAAAAGCCAUGAAAGCAGUGUCUUCUCUUCCAGGAAUCGAUUCCAUCGCCAUGGAUAUGAAGGACAAGAAAUUGACAGUGAUCGGAGGAGUGGAUCCAGUAGAUGUCGUGAGUAAAUUGCGAAAGCUUUGGCGCACAGAGAUAGUUUCUGUUGGUCCGGCGAAAGAGCCUGAGAAGAAGAAGGAAGAACCCAAGAAAGAGGAACCCAAGAAGGAAGAACCCAAAAAAGAUAAAAAGGAAGACGAGAAGAAGAAGGAACCACCAACCGAUCAAAUCGCUGAGCUUGUCAGGGCAUAUAAAGCUUAUAAUCCUCACUUGACCACACACUACUAUGUCCAGAGUGCAGAAGAGAACCCCAACGCCUGUGUUAUCUGUUGAUUGGAAAUCGCUGAAGAUGGCGAUAUGCUCUAGAACCAAGAGAAGCUCCUCUGAACAGUUUGAUAUGGUGGGUUGGAAUUGGAUUAAUUUCUCUCCACUGUUCUUCUCUGUUCAAAGGGUAUCAAUGUAUAAAGAAAAUAAAUGAAAUUUUGAGGUCCAUGAGUUUUUCUUUUGUAGGAAUUAUUUUAUAAAUAGAUCAUCAAUAUCAUUCAAAGUUUGUGAUC